GCCCGUGUGGGCGGCAUCGAGUUCUCCCCGGGCGUGGUCCACAUCACGUCAGACAGUCCGCUGAGUAGCACAGCCAUCAUCAGCAUCACCGGCGCCGGCGCCCUGCUCAUCUUCUUCAUUGUGAUAGUGCUCAUUGCCUACAAACGCAAGUCACGCGAGAGCGACCUCACCCUGAAGAGGCUGCAGAUGCAGAUGGACAACCUGGAGUCUCGUGUGGCCCUGGAGUGUAAAGAGGGUAAGGAUUCACAUUCUAGUGAAGAUUCACAUUCUAGGAAUUCCACUUCUAUGUUUUGAUAGAUCGGAAAGCAGUCUUUUAGUGUGAAUCUUAAAGUGCAUUGUGGUGUUUCUAGUAUCCAAGUUGUCCAACCAACCACCUGUUGACAAUGAGGUGUAAAGAGGGUAAGGGGCCAGGGGUAAGGGAAGGAGGUCAGAUCGUUGAGAUACACAUUCUAGUCAUUCCAUUUCUAUGUUUCAGAUAGCUUGGUUUGUCAGAUCUCAAAGUGCAUUGUGGUGUGUCUCGUCCACCAGCCAGUUGACACUGAACUGUGUAAACUGUUCCUGUUAACAAUGAAAGGGUUAGGGGGGUUUACAGAGACACUGAACUGUGUAAACUGUUUCUGUUCCCACUGAAAGGGCUAGGGGGUUUUACAGAGAGCCAGGAGUUUUUCCUGACCACAUACCUGACCAGGAAAAACUCUGGACACUUGUUAUACUCAGUAUCAUAUGCAGAGUCAGUAACCCAAUAAUGUAGUGCUAUGCUGAACAGUGCACUCCAAUGUUACAUCUACACCCAGUACUCUCACAGUGGUAGUAUAUCUCAAAAGACAGUGGUGUAAAUUACUUAAGUAAAAAUACUUUAAAGUACUACUUAAGUAUUUUUUAGGGGUAUCUGUACUUUACUUUACUAUUUAUAUUUUGACAACUUUUACUUUUACUUCACUACAUUCCUAAAGAAAAUAAUGUACUUUUUACUCCAUACAUUUUCCCUGUUACAGGAAAAUGGUCCAAUUCAUGCACUUAUCAAGAGAACAUCCCUGGUCAUCUCUACUGCCUCUGAUCUGGCGGCUCACUAUAUACACAUGCUUCGUUUGUAAAUGAUGUCUGAGUGAUGGAGUGUGCCCCUGGCUAUCCGUAAAUUAAAAAUACAAGAAAAUGGUGCCGUCUGGUUUGCUUAAUAUAAGGAAUUUGAAAUGAUUUAUACUUUUACUUUUGAUACUUAAGUAUAUUUUAGUAAUUACAUUUACUUUUUAUACUUAAGUAUAUUUAAAACCAAAUACUUUUAGACUUUUACUCAAGUAGUAUUUUACUGGGUGACUUUCACUUUUACUUGAAUCAUUUUCAAUUAAGGUAUCUUUACUUUUACUGAAGUAUGAUAAUUGGGUAUGUUUUCCACCACUGUCAAUAGAAAUACUUAUAGGUAGAGUCAGCGAAAUGACGUUGCAUGAGCAGCACCGCAGUUUGCGAUGAGUAAGAUGCAAGACAUCACUCUCACACAGUUACAGACAGUAUCUGCGCAUGUGCACUGGUUUGCUUCACAGAUCGUAUGUCGCUGACUCUACCUUUAAGAAGACUGUCCGUUUAUCCCCUCAGCCUUUGCCGAGCUGCAGACAGACAUCCAUGAGUUGACCAGUGACCUGGACGGAGUGGGCAUCCCUUUCCUGGACUACAGGGCCUACACCAUGAGGGUCCUCUUCCCUGGCAUAGAGGAGCACCCUGUUCUUAGGGACCUGGAGGUAAGAGCUUCCAUGUCAACUGCCUGACCAAAUAUCACAACAGCUGCCCUAUCAUCUACCUGACUGAAUAUCACUUUCGUUUAGGUCCUAAACAUUGUUCGUCAUUAAAUCCCUGACAUAGAAAAAGUGCUUUCCAUCAAUGCAUUCUCAAUCAAAUAGAAAAAAAAUGUAAAAGUUUAAAAGUAAAUUACCGGCACAGUGGGGUUACGGGUGAAAUGAAAGCUGUCGUUGUUUGCGCUCAGGCUCGGUAAACAAAUAACACUGCCUUUCAUUAGGGCUUGACGCAGCGGUGCUCUUUUUUAAAACGCAGUCAAAUCUCCUGUUAGUAAUGGUAACAACAUGUGACAAGACGGUUUCUCAGAGCCGAGGACAAAUUAAAAGUCUAGCAGAGAGAAAAGCAAAACAACCCUGAACUGACAAGCCAGAUAUUUAAUCCCUAAUAACAAUGAUGGACAGUGAUAAUAUAACUUCUUCUAGCUGCGAGGCCCCCAUUUCACAGGCUCAGAGUUGACCAUGCGGGUGCCUGAUGAGAAUUCCCCGUUAUAAGAAAACAUAAUAAUGUUUUAAUUGGUAUAAAUGUCCCCUUAUAUGAGGGGGUUUAAUGCGAAAUGAAACCUAAUGAAAGUAGCAGUGGGCUCAUCUCUGGCUGGUGAUAGCUGGUUAAUUGUUAUUGAUGUGGGAGAUGAUACAGGAAAUAGCCCUUAUUGGGCUUGGAGCGAAUAAAGAGUGGAUGGGCAAUCUCAUAAUUUGUAGUGUGAAUUUGAUUGGACUGAAUAUCUCUCUCUCGCUCUCUCUUUUUGACAGGACUAGAGCUACCGCCAUUUCAUCUCAAUGGCUCAAAUUUACUAAUAUUAGCGACGACUCUAGGCCUACCUGUUAAAUCUGAAGAAGAUAUACAUUGUAUUUUUCCUCUGAGAAUAUGGAAAAUGUCUGCCUAUCUUUUCUCCUGCUUUUGUGAUAGUAAUCAGUAGGUGGGAUGUUGAAUGGGAAUGUUGUUUGAUUAUGGGGCUACAGUGGGAUGUUGAAUAGGAAUGUUGUUUGAUUAUGGGGCUACAGUGGGAUGUUGAUUGGGACUGUUGUUUGAUUAUGGGGCUACAGUGGGAUGUUGAAUAGGAAUGUUGUUUGAUUAUGGGGCUACAGUGGGAUGUUGAUUGGGACUGUUGUUUGAUUAUGAGGCUACAGUGGGAUGUUGAAUGGGACUGUUGUUUGAUUAUGGGGCUACAGUGGGAUGUUGAAUGGGACUGUUGUUCGAUUAUGGGGCUACAGUGGGAUGUUGAAUGGGACUGUUGUUUGAUUAUGAGGCUACAGUGGGAUGUUGAAUGGGACUGUUGUUCGAUUAUGGGGCUACAGUGGGAUGUUGAAUGGGACUGUUGUUUGAUUAUGAGGCUACAGUGGGAUGUUGAACUCACCGCUGAUGCGAACAGACAAGAGAGGAUGAACCACACAGCACACACAUCUCAACAAUCCUCCACUCUGUUCUCCUCUCUCUCUCUCUCUCUCUCUCUCUCUCUCUCUCUCUCGCGCUCUCUCUCUCUCUCUCUCUCUCUCUCUCUCUCUCUCGCGCUCUCUCUCUCUCUCUCUCUCUGUCUCUCUGCUCCUUGUGUAAUGUCAGACGUCAUGAAAUAGACUACUGUUUUAACAAUAGCUCUCGCACGGUGUAAACCGCUGAUGUUCCGUGUUCUCGGGGAAAGCGACGGCGAGGAAACAUGUGCCUCCUGACAGACGCAUCGCGUAGAGAGAGUGUUGCUCACUCCGAUCAAUCCUGACAGAUCAAAACAUUUAAUCUCUGUAGGUGCAAUCGCACGCCGACUGACUAGCGUAAACGGCGCGGGGACAAUUUCCGCCCGUGGAGGGGAAUACACCACACACGCGCUGCUUUCAUCUUGCGUUAGCUUUGAUGGGGAAGAACGUUCAUUGUUUGGAGUUAAAGAAAUAGGCAGGGCUCUCAAAAGACUUGGUUAAAUGUACUCUACCUUCCAUAAAACAAGUGCUAGGCAGAAUGCUCUCCCAGAUGUCCUCCUACGCCGACAUUCCGAGCUGGAAUCAUUAGCACACACUGUCAUUAGACAGAAUCAGGGCUGAAAGCUAAUUGAUCCAGUGGAGUGAUAGUGGCGUUGGCUGGAAUGGGUUCUAAGGCCAUGGAAUGAGUUCUUCCCCAUAGUCAGUCAGAGUCUGGAUGUUGUGAUGUCUGAUUCCUCUAGUGUUGGGUCCAUGUUAUUCCCAUGACUAGGGAUGUUGUGAUGUCUGAUUCCUCUAGUGUUGGGUCCAUGUUACUCCCAUGACUAGGGAUGUUGUGUUGCCAUGUUACACCCAUGACUUGGGCCAGGCAUUUUCUCUGACCAUGUGGUCCUUUGUAGCUCAAUUGGUAGAGCACAGCACUUGUAACACCAGGGUAGUGGAUUUGAUUCCCGGGACCACCUGUACCUAAAAUGUAUGCAUGCAUAACUGUAAGUCUCCUUGACCCCAGCAGUCUCUCUGUAUCUGAGACAACUGUGACCUCUGACCCUGAGACUCCUUUACCAUUGUCAUCUAACCAUAUCCCUCUCUCCUCCCUUUCCUCUCUUCUUUUUCUCCCUCUCUCCCAGGUGCCAGGCUACAGACAGGAGCAGGUGGAGAAGGGCCUGAAGCUGUUCGGCCAGCUCAUCAACAACAAGGUCUUCCUGCUCUCAUUCAUCCGCACGCUCGAGUCGCAGCGCGGCUUCUCCAUGCGCGACCGCGGCAACGUGGCCUCGCUCAUCAUGACAAUGCUGCAGAGCAAACUGGAGUACGCCACCGACGUCCUCAAGCACCUGCUCUCUGACCUCAUCGACCGCAACCUGGAGAGCAAGAACCACCCCAAGCUGCUGCUCCGAAGGUGAGGGGAGAAGUGUGUGUGUGUGACUCUCGUGAGCCUCUCGUGGGCCAUCUCUGGCCUCAUUAACACAGGCCUUGGCUCUGUCAUCGCCUCUCUGUGUCUGGUGAGAGAGGUGAGUGACAUCACUUCCCCAGAACACCUGCACAAACUCACACACACUUCUCCUCUCUCUCUCUGUCUCUCUCUCUCUCUCUCUCUCUCUCUCUCUCUCUCUCUCUCUAUCUCUCUCUCUCUCUCUUCAUCACUCUUCUCUCUCUCUCUCUAUCUCUCUAUCUAUUCCUCUCUUUAUAUCUCUCUCUCUCUAUCUCUCUAUCAAUACCUAUAUCUCUCUAUAUCUCUAUCUAUACCUCUCUCUUCUCUCUCUCUCUCUCUCUAUCUCUCUCUCUAUUGCUCUCUCUCUGUAUCUAUACCUCUCUUUAUAUCUCUCUUCUCUCUAUCUGCGACUGAGUGAAUGAUUGGGCCUUCGCAGAGCUCUUAAGCAUUUAUAAUAAUAUAAUAUAUAAUAUAUAAUAUGCCAUUUAGCAGACGCUUUUAUCCAAAGCGACUUACAGUCAUGCGUGCAUACAUUUUUAAUUUUUUUUGUGUAUGGGUGGUCCCGGGGAUCGAACCCACUACCUUGGCGUUACAAGCGCCGUGCUCUACCAGCUGAGCUACAGAGGACCACUUUUAAGAGGACCACCAGCUCUGAACAGCUGACUAAUGCUAACAUCAAUGUUGCAUUAGCUUUAUCCUACACAUUAACACUCAUAGAUUUCCACUCAAUGGUAAUGGACAACUGUUGCUGUGGGUUUGUUUUCCCUGUCCAAGCCUCUCUCAAUUGAUCAUUAAUACCAAUGUUCGUACUUCUUAUCCAAUUCUAACUCUCUAGAAUUGUCUGGUUUAUGCUAAAACAAAGAUAAGGAUAAAACACGUAUUCCCUUUGUAGUGCAUUACUUUUGACCAGGGCCCAUAGGGUGCCAUUUGGGAUGCACCCUUUGAAACUUGACUUUGUUGAAUUAGUGUAUUAGUCAAGCACCAAGCCGAUCAGGAGACUGAAAAGAUUUGGCAUGAUCCUCAGAUCCUCAAAAAGUCUACAGCUGCACCAUCGAGAGCAUCCUGACUGGUUGCAUCACCGCCUGGUAUGGCAACUGCUCGGCCUCCGACCGCAAGGCACUACAGAGGGUAGUGCGUACGGCUCAGUACAUCACUGGGGCCAAGCUUCCUGCCAGGACCUCUAUACCAGGUGGUGUCAGAGGAAUUGUCAAAGACUCCAGCCACCCUAGUCAUAGACUGUUCUCUCUGCUACCACAUGCCAAGCGGUACCGGAGCGCCAAGUCUAGGUCCAAAAGGCUUCUUAACAGCUUCUACCCCCAAGCCAUAAGACUCCCGAACAGCUAAUCAUGGCUACCCAGACUAUUGGCAUUGUUUUCUUUUCUUAAGGGCUUGUAAGUAAGCAUUUCACUGUAAGGUCUACACCUGUUGUAUUCGGCGCAUGAUGCAAAUAAAAUUUGAUUUGAUUUGUUUUGAUCGGCCAUGCCUGAUCGCUCCAUAUUCACUGUUUCACGGCGGUGACAUGUGGAAUUAACUUCAAUGACAUUCAAAUGAUCACUUUGUCUCAGAAUCAUGUACUGCUCUGACACGCACAUCAUUAGAAUAUAAUUAUGAUUAAUUAGCGGAGAACCAAUUAAAAAAUCUGUAAAAACCCUCACUUAUAUAAUAUAUAUAAUAUAAUAAUAAAUGGGAUUGUUCAAAUGGGAUUGUUAAAAGCCCUAGCUACUCCCCGCUCAAUCAACACUUCCCUGUGGGUCAGUCUGUAUCGUAUACACAGUACCACCACUUCAAUACAACAUAUCACCAUAUAUGGUGCUGGAGGUGUUGUGACCAUCUCGUUUACCCUUGAAAAAUACGUUUCCGUGUGGCCGUUGUCUCUGUGAGGGAUCACACAUUUGCUCAGGAUGCUCACUGCUCAGUCAGCCUCCCCAAUGAUUUGAUAGGCAUGUUGUAAAUUAAUUUCAUCUUCCUAAUUUCAAUUGCAAACCCUCCGUCCUCCCUCGGGCCAAAUCCUCCUCCCCAAUGAAGACACACAUAGAUUCCUCUGUUCGCUAGCUGUUCACUAACAUGGGAGCGUAUUGAGCGUAUCAUUGUGCCAGGGUUGUGUCAGAAAAUGAGCCCCAUAUUCACCUCAUGAAGGAGAAAUUUAACAGACAACGCUCUGAUGCGGCAUUUGAUUAAUGCUGUCUGGCCAAGGCAUGAUUAAUCGCACCCAGAGCUGGCAGAGCCAUUACUAGACAGUAAACAAUGGGGCUCUCCCUCCUUCAAUCCACAUGAAACAAUACUACAACUUACUAUAGAAUUCUGUAGUAAACUGUAGUAUACUGUAGAAUAAUAUACUAAACACUGUAGUAUCACUUGAUCAUGUGUAGUACUUACUAUAGAAUGUUGUAGUAUACUGUAGAAUAAUAUAGUAAAACUACAGUUUUAUCUGAAGAAAUAACACUGUAGUAAAUACUUGAGUAAUAUCCGCAAAGCACUACACUUUUUUUUUUACUAUAGUAAAUACUGCAUUAUUGAAUUUGCAUAUACCCAGUACAAUCCCCUCCCCCAAUUUGUGCCACUCAUAAGUGAGAAACCUACAUGACAAGUAUAUACCAUAUAUUGUGUUCCAGACAGGUUAUAGAAAAGAGCAGAAGCUCUGAACUAUCCAUUCAGACCCCAGUCCUGCCUACCUACAGGUUAUGGAAAAUGUGCUCUUUUAGUAUUUCUCCAGUAAGUUUCCUCAAGGAGAAAGCCUCCACUUCUAUGUCAUAGAUAAUAAAACAAAAACACUAUAGUAAAUACUACAGUUAUGUCCGCAAAAACACUACAGUAAAUACUACAGUAUACUACAGUCCGCAAAAACACUACAGUAAAUACUACAGUAUACUACAGUCCGCAAAAACACCACAAUAGUUACUUUAGUAUAUACUACAGUUUUCUUUUACUACUAUAGUUAACUGUAUAUACAGUAAAGUCUCUAAAAACACUACAGUGAACACUAUAGUAUUUAUACCAUAGUAUACUGUAGUAUUUUUUCAUGUGGGAUCCACUGGCAGCUCCAGAUGCAACAGAACAGCUCAGAGAGACACAGAACACGAAGCAGACAUCAAAGUCAUCUCAGACUAAAGGGGCUAGCUGUUGGAACACUACCAGACUAGAGGGGCUAGCUGAUGGAACACUACCAGAGCAGAGGGGCUAGCUGCUGGAACACUACCAGACUAGAGGGGCUAGCUGCUGGAACACUACCAGAAUAGAGGGGUUGAUGCUGGAACACUACCAGACUAGAGGGGCUAGCUGGUGGAACACUACCAGAAUAGAGGGGCUAUAUGCUGGAACACUACCAGACUAGAGGGGCUAGCUGAUGGAACACUACCAGACCAGGGGGGCUAGCUGCUGGAACACUACCAGACCAGAGGGGCUAGCUGCUGGAACACUACCAGAGCAGAGGGGCUAGCUGCUGGAACACUACCAGACCAGAGGGGCUAGCUGCUUGAACACUACCAGACUAGAGGGGCUAGCUGCUGCUGGAACACUACCAGACCAGAGGGGCUAGCUGCUGGAACACUACCAGACCAGAAGGGCUAGCUGAUGGAACACUACCAGACCAGAAGGGCUAGCUGAUGGAACACUACCAGACCAGAAGGGCUAGCUGCUGGAACACUACCAGAGCAGAGGGGCUAGCUGCUGGAAUACUACCAGACCAGAGGGGCUAGCUGCUGGAACACUACCAGACUAGAGGGGCUAGCUGCUGGAACACUACCAGACUAGAGGGACUAGAUGCUGGAACACUACCAGACUAGAGGGGCUAGAUGCUGGAACACUACCAAACCAGAGGGGCUAGCUGCUGCUGGAACACUACCAGACUAGAGGGGCUAGCUGCUGCUGGAACACUACCAGACCAGAGGGGCUAGCUGCUGGAACACUACCAGACCAGAAGGGCUACCUGAUGGAACACUACCAGACCAGAAGGGCUAGCUGAUGGAACACUACCAGACUAGAGGGGCUAGCUGCUGGAACACUACCAGAAUAGAGGGGCUAGAUGCUGGAACACUACCAGACUAGAGGGGCUAGCUGCUGGAACACUACCAGAAUAGAGGGGCUAUAUGCUGGAACACUACCAGACUAGAGGGGCUAGCUGGUGGAACACUACCAGACCAGGCGGGCUAGCUGCUGGAACACUACCAGAAUAGAGGGGCUAUAUGCUGGAACACUACCAGACUAGAGGGGCUAGCUGGUGGAACACUACCAGACCAGGGGGGCUAGCUGCUGGAACACUACCAGACCAGAGGGGCUAGCUGCUGGAACACUACCAGACUAGAGGGGCUAGCUGCUGCUGGAACACUACCAGACCAGAGGGGCUAGCUACUGGAACACUACCAGACCAGAAGGGCUAGCUGAUGGAACACUACCAGACCAGAAGGGCUAGCUGCUGGAACACUACCAGACCAGAAGGGCUAGCUGCUGGAACACUACCAGACCAGAAGGGCUAGCUGCUAGAACACUACCAGACUAGAGGGGCUAGCUGCUGGAACACUACCAGACUAGAGGGGCUAGCUGCUGGAACACUACCAGACUAGAGGGGCUAGCUGCUGGAACACUAUCAGAGGGAGAGGGACAUUAUGUCUCUGAUUUCUUAGUAACCAUUUCCAGGCACCAUUUUGCUUUUGUUUUAGCCCCAUUUGAGUGUUGAUAACCUGGUAAAUGCAAUGUUAAAUGUUGGCAUUAGGGUGAGGAAUUACAUUUUCUCUCAGGGGAUCAUUAAUGUUUAUCAAUUUGAUUAUAGACUGUGUUUAGGAGGUUACCUACCUACCUACCUACAUACCUACCUACCUACCUACCUACCUACCUACCUACCUACCUACCUACCUACCUACCUACCUACCUACCUACCUAACUUACUUACUUACUUACUAACUCCCUGAUCACUAACUGUGUUUCUAUACGUCUCCGGCAUGGCUUCUAACGUCUUCUCACACCAUCCUUCAAACCGCUUCCCUUCUCCUCUUCUGUUCAUCCAUUCAUGCCAUCCACAGCCCUCCAUGGCGGGUGCAAACUCCACCCAGCAGUCCUCCAACAUCCCAGCAUGCCUCUUUCAGUGUGUCUCUGUGAGGGCCAGCGGUGGGGCGUCACCCUCAGUAAUGGGCUAACUGUUAACUGCUAGCGCUAACACACACACAGUCACCCUCAGUGUGGAGGCUAACUGUUAGCCGCUUGUUCUAACACAAACAGUCAUCCUCAGUGUGGACGCUAACUAUUAGCCGCUUGUUCUAACACAAGCGGUCACCCUCAGUGUGGAGGUUAACUGUUAGCCGCUUGUUCUAACACACGCGGUCACCCUCGGUGUGGAGGCUAACUUUUAGCUGCUAGCGCUAACACACACUCACAGACUUGCUGCUUGGUCCUGGAUACCCGCCCAAAAUAGACGAGACACCCAGACUCACUCAGCUGUGUUGGGAAGGCUUCAUCUGGGCUCGGAGUAACACCCCCUCCCCUCCCUCUCUCUAUCUCUCCCUUUCUCCUCCCUCUGUGUCCUCACAAUCUCCCUCUCCCUCUCUCUCUCUCUCUCUCUCUCUCUCUCUCUCUCUGUCUCCCUCUCUCUCUCUGUCUUGCUCUCUCUCUCUCGCUCUCUCUCUCUCUCUUUCUCUCUCUCUCUGUCUUCCUCUCUCUCGCUCUCUCUCUCUCCAUCUCUGUCUCUCGCUCUAUCCAUCUAUCUCCCGCUCUCUCUCUACCCUCCUCCCUCUGCGCAGGCCAUCUCUCUUUCUCUCUCUUUCCUCCCUCCCUCCUUGUCUAUUUACUUGAUUACUAAAUCAAUGCUCAAAGUGCAUAAGCAGGGCAUCUUUGGCACUGUGUCCAGACCAGCUUCCCAUCACCGCUUCCAAGAAAACCUCUCCUCCACUCUCCUCUCCCGCAUUUCUCUACAUCCCCACAUCCCCAUCUGCCUCGUCUCAACCUCAGCUGAAGCACACCACCAGGCAAACUAACUAACGAGAGACUUCCACAACCAUCUGUCGCAUUUCUGCGCCUUCCUCUCCUCCGUCAGCCCCCUCUACUCCCUCCAUCCCCCCCUCGCAUGCACCCUCUCAUCCUCCUUCUCUUCAUGCAUACUGAAAUAGCUGCUAAACCUUUUCCACAGCUCCGAUUUUUUCCACCCAUCUAUGAUACAAUAUAUCAGAAAAAAAUAGGGGCUUUAAUUAUUUCCUUUUACCAGCAACCUUCCAUCUGCCCCUCCUGAUACACAUACACACACACACACACACACACACACACACACACACACACACACAGGGGAUAAUAAUCAGUAGGAGCUAAAGGUCCUCUGAUUAUACUGUGAGGAUUAUCUCAGUAGUGCUAGUAGGAAGACGUCAGCGACAGCACUGAGACUGCUCUACGUCCCAAUGGUACCCUAUUCCCUGUGUAGGGCACUACUUUUGAUCAGGGAUGUUGUCAAAAGUAGUGCACUAUAUAGGAAAUAGGGUGCCAUUGGGAACGCAACCUGUGCUCUGCGUCAGACAGCCAAUCUUCUCCCCAGGAGCCCGAGUGGGAAAUUGAAAUCAUUUCUGACUUCACGCUGUGGUGCUUUAACACGUUGGACUGGAGGAGGGGGCGUGGCGAGCAGCAGAGCUCCAACGCAGCUGUGUGUUUGGUUAACAGAGAAAGGCCUUGUGAACCCCCCUGCACUUCACAUGUACUCUCCCAAAGGCUCAUCAGCACACCUGGCCGCUGGAGCAUACCAAAGUUGCGAUAGGGGGAUGUACUUGCCCCAGAGGAGGGUAGAGUGAAAAAUGUUAUCACUGAGAAUUCUGUCCUUUAACAUCUUAUUGAUUUUAAAAGCUUAUCUAUCACAAUCAACAAAGCCCUAGGACGAUAUGAUAUACAGAACCCUCAUUAAUGAUCUAUGGUAUCAAAACUUUGUUUGUAAGCCACAUCUCUUGUUUCAGCACACAUGCCUCAAACUAAAUAAUGGUUCAGUUUAUCAUGCAUUUAUGAUCAGUGUGAUGCCAGAUGCCAGUAAAGAAAUGUAUUUGGGAUGAGUGGGAGAGCUGUGAAGAUUCAUCAAGCGUUAAGCCUCCCUUUUAUAGAGCAUGGCUCUGCACGACAUAAUAAUGCAUCCCCCCGCAUCUGCCAUCCAGUAAUUCUCUGGUUCCCAUCUCAUGUGCAGAGGCAAAACGACUGCUCUGUAAUCAGGGGGAACUAAAUACCGACAAGUUGACUCGGUUUCAGAUACAUUUUUUGGCAGUGUAAACCCUAUAGGCAGGGCUUGGUUAGAGGACAGCAUGAGGACUCCCUAUAGGCAGGGCUUGGAUAGAGGACGGCAUGAGGACUCCCUAUAGGCAGGGCUUGGAUAGAGGACGGCAUGAGGACUCCCUAUAGGCAGGGCUUGGAUAGAGGACGGCAUGAGGACUCCCUAUAGGCAGGGCUUGGAUAGAGGACGUCAUGAGGACUCCCUGUGGGGCCGUGCCAAAACAGAUCAUUCCUGGAGGGCCUGGUUUACACUGCCAAAAACACACACAGUUACACAGGUACACACACACCUUUCUGAACACAUUAUUUUAGAACACACACUAAAGAACAUAAACAGAAUGUGUGUUGUGAGCAAUAAGAGGAGGAAAGGAGGGAGCUGGAAGAGGAGAUAAAGACUCAGCCAAGUCAUUCUGUUAUUCUUCCCUCCCUCCAUCUCCACCUCUCCCUUUUACACUCUCUUUUCAUCCCUUUGAUUGAUGUCCUGAAUUUGUCAACAUGAAGACCAUUUGGAAGUGUGCAUGAUUACAAAGAAGGGGACAGGGUCUGAGGGGAGAGGAGGGAGAGAGAAUGAAGGAGUGGAGGGGAGGAUUAGAGCGAGGGACACAUGAAAGGAAAGAUGAAACGUGACCUCCCUGACCCCUGGAGCCGAGGACUCUCUCACCCCCAAGCAGAGCAGGAAGUUAAUCCCAUCCAGGUGUUGUGCCAAUUCUGGUUGGCAGGGGGUGCCAGGCCCGGCCUAUUGGCACAGCGGGCACAAGCCUCCGUCUCUCAAUGCGAUGGUCCUCUUAAGAGGGGCCAGGGGGGCUCUGAGAGGAGGGGCAAGGGGGGGCUGCAGGUGGCAGCCGGACGACAGGGGGGGACAAGGAGGGGUGCACACACACACAAUGGCCUAAUCCUGAAAUAUUGAUGCCUGUGCCCAUGCCUCAUUGAGGUGGUGGGGUGAGGAGGGGGUUCUUGGCAGAUUAGCCACCACACAGGAGCCAGAGACAUGUCAAAGGAUAUCCGAUCCCCGCCUUUCAGACCCCGCUGUUUGUUAUUGUGCGCAUGUAUAUUAUCCAUUCACACGGUAUGGCCGCCUGUGGCAGCCCAGUGAACGGUGCCCCGAUUAGUCAUGCCAGUGGAGUGCCCACCCCGGCAUGAGAGACAGAACAUAACAGAGAGAGAAAGAGAGCAGGGCGAUGGAUGUAUGCAUUCACUUUCUAUUGUAACGGGAUGUGCUGUGUCGUCCCAGACAGUGGGUGUGAAUGGGCUGUGGAGGGAGGGGUUAAUAAUGAGGCCAGCAUUAUUACAGGCCCUUCUAAUGAUAUCAAUCCCAUCGGGAUCAAAUAAAGGUUUUAAUUGCUUUCUCUUGUAUUAAGACCCCGGCGUAGAUUAGGUGCCCUUGGCGUGCCUGAAAAUAACAGGCAUAGACCGGAAGAUUGGGGGCCUUUAGAAGUGAGAGACAAAUGUUUUUGCAAUAAUGUUUGUGUAACAAAAGCCCCUAUUCAUUACUACAGUCAUCGUUUUGUGGGGAAUAUUUGAUGAUCAUAUUGAAUAUUUAUGAUGGUGAUAUUAUAGAGUUGUGCGGGAUGGUGUGUUCAUGGAAUGUCUCUCUUUAUUUCAGGACGGAGUCUGUGGCAGAGAAAAUGCUGACUAAUUGGUUCACCUUCCUGCUCCACAAGUUCUUAAAGGUAAAUUAACUUUUAAAUGUCUGCAUAGAGUUUACUCUUAUACAUUCUGCUUUGCUAACCCAUUCAUCUCCUCUAGCUUCAUGUCUGUGAGAGUGUGUCAUUUGGUAAAGUGUGUGUGUGUGUGUGUGUGUGUGUGUGUGUGUGUGCAUUACCCCUUCUCUGUCAAUACUCUUUUAUCCCUCUAUUCCAUCUCUUGACUGUCCAGCAGUGUGUGUUUAGUUUUCCUUGCCCAGUUGUGUAUCCAAUCUAGCUUGUGGAUUCUACUGUAUCCAUGUCAGAACCCCAGUCUCCUGUCAGGCAUGUAUGGGGCGGGGCGCCUGCUCUCUCUCUGAGACAUGAGUGAUGUCACCUCCCUCCGUUAUAACUCCUCUAACACUCAUCCCUCUCUCUCAGGCCAGAGGGGAGGAGUGGAGACACUGAUGGAUGACACAUCUUCUCCUUUUGAUUAACAACAGGGUUUUUGGAAAGGGCUUUGGCAAUUGGCCAACGUUAGCCUCUCUUUUGAUCUAUCAUUCAAACUUCUCCAAACCCGAGUUCUCAUCUCAGCAGUAGUUCUACUUCUGGCGUGGACCGUACUGUAUAAAUUGGCUUAUUUAUGUGGCAAAGCUGUAGAGAUUUUUCCUGGUCUGAUCACAUGGUCAGGAAGACUUCUGGGCCUUUAACUUACUUAACACAUUUUCAACUUCUGGGCCUUUAACUUACUUAACACAGUUUCAACUUCUGGGUCUUUAACUUACUUAACACAUCUUCAACUUCUGGGCCUUUAACUUACUUAACACAUCUUCAACUUCUGGGCCUUUAACUUACUUAACACAUCUUCAACUUCUGGACCUAUAACUUACUUAACACAUCUUGAACUGUGUCCUAGACUUAUUAACUAAAUGCAAAACACAGAAUGUUUGUUUUGUACUUACUUGCGUCACAUAGAGCUUGACACAGACUGACACCAACCUCUCUCUCUCUGUCUUUCCCCCUCCCUCCUCCCCCCUCCCACCUCCCUCCCUCCCUCCACCCCCCUCCCCCCUCCCUCCCUCCCUCCCUCCCUCCCUCCCUCCCUCCAUCUCUACAGGAGUGUGCAGGUGAACCCCUCUUCUCCCUCUUCUGUGCCAUCAAGCAGCAGAUGGAGAAAGGUCCCAUCGACUCAAUCACUGGCGAGGCGCGCUACUCGCUCAGUGAGGAUAAGCUCAUCAGACAGCAAAUCGACUACAAGACGCUGGUAAGGGGGGCAAGGGGCUGGGGUAGGAACUACAUUUUGUGGGGUGGGGAGGGGAAGGAAGGGGUUAUUGGCAGAAGGACCGUAAGACACUGUAACAUCCCACCACCCGCCUCCUUUCACAACUGACAGGAAGAGGGCACACUGACCUCACUUUCUUUUGGAGACCGGAGCUGACAGAGGAGGGAAGAGGCAGAGAAGAGGGGGGAGGAAGCGAGGGGGAGGAGGUAGGAGGCAGGAAAGAGGAGAAUGAGGUGAGGGGGAGGCGGUGAGGGGGAGGAGACAGGGAAGAGGGGGAGGAGGUGAGGAAGAGGGGGAGGAGGCCAGGAAGGAUGUAGGAGGCCAGGAAGAGGGGAAGGAGGUGAGGGGGAGGCGGCAGGGAAGAGUGGGAGGAGGUGAGGAAGAGGGGGAGGAGGAGGAGGCCAGGAAGAGGGGGAGUAAGCAAGGAAGAGGGGGAGGAGGUGAGGAAGAGGGGGAGGAGGUGAGGAAGAGGGGGAGGGGUGAGGAAGAGGGGGAGGAGGUGAGGAAGAGGGGGAGGAGGUGAGGAAGAGGGGGAGGAGGAGGAGGCCAAGAAGAGGGGGAGGAGGUGAGGAAGAGGGGGAGGAGGUGAGGAAGAAGGGGAGGACGUGAGGAAGAGGGGGAGGAGGUGAGGGAGAGGGGUAGACUGUGCAGUGACAUUUUCGUGCCUUGCGUUCUCUGAGAAGGUUGUUUCCCUGUCUGCUGGUCUCUCUUUCUGUUCUAUUCUGAUCACCUUCAUUCCUCUCCUCCACCACUGUGACCUGAGCUGACUGUCAGAGAGAAGACAAUACACCCAGCCAGACAGUUUGUUACUCGCUCCCCUCAAUGUUUCUGUCGGACAAAUCAAACCAUUCCCAGGAAGUACACAGUGUGUGCUCAGAUAGCUUGGGUUAAUGUAGAGUUAUUUCAGUUGGCCGUGAGAUACAGUAUCUCUGUCUCAAUCAAUCUAGAAGGAUUGAUGAUGGAACGGCCCUUUUACAACAUGUAAUUAUCUGCCCAACGAUAGCGGUAUAGAACUGUACUGGGAACAGCAUAGGACCGUAAAGUAUUUUAUUUCCUCUUUCUUAUGUAAAUGGCCUCCUUCUUUCCCUUUGACCAUGUAAUUACAUCUGGCUAGAGCCUCAAUGGCGUCGAUGAUGAUGAUGAUGAUGAUGAUGAUGAUGGCUGAUGUAUUCACCGUGAAUGAUGAUGACCGUGCGAUGAUAAUAAUUAGCUUGUUAACCGCUCAUCGACUCAAGGUAUCCAUGCCGUGUCAGACUGCGCCCCCUGGGAUGCCAAUUUCUCUGAAUACCCAUUUAGAUUACAGCAAUUACAGGAAAGACUUUCACCAGACUUGACAGACACAGAAUGUCCCCUUUCAAACCUGAUAUCCAAUGACCACGCCAUAGUUUAAUCAUCGUCAUCCCACAGAAUGUGUCUCCCUCUCCAAAUAUAAUUAUCAACUGAGACACAGCAUACCUGAAUCCCUCAUUAACUCUUGAUAUGGUUCUCUAUUCAAUAGAAAAAAUACCUGUCCCUGUUCUCUACAGGUGGUGAACUGCAUCCACCCAGACAAUGAGAAGAGCCCUGAGAUCCAGGUGAAGGUGUUGAACUGUGACACCAUCAGCCAGGUGAAGGAAAAGAUCCUGGACGCCAUCUACAAGAACGUUCCCCACUCCCACAGACAGAAGGCCUCUGACAUGGACCUAGGUAAGAUCCCCUCUCAUCAUGACCUGCAGAAACAUCACCAGGGUCACGUUUAUUAGGGCACUCUGUAGCAAAAUGUUUUGCAAUGGAAAACGAAAACAUGCGUUUCUUAUUGGAAAUCUGUUCGGGACCGUUUUUGUACCGUUUUGUGCCGAGUGAAUACAAGUCUGAUCAGUCAAUGAGCCCCUUUUUCUACAGCAACCAUAUACGGGUAGAAAUUGAGAAAAUGUUCCCUGGAGUUGAAAAUGUUAACAAGAUAAAACUUCUGGAAUUAUUAUUGCAAAUAUAUAUUGUAUCUUCUGCUUUUAAUUGACGAGCACCAAGUUAUUUUUCCAUUACGUGGACAAGUCGGUGUUGAUCAGCCUUCAUUUAUUGAACAUUUGGAGGCCAUUUUGAGAGUUCUCAUGUGCCUCUACACCAGGGGUGUCAAACUCAUUCCAUGGAGGGCCUAGUGUCUGCUGGUUUUUGGUUUUUCCUUUCAAUUAAGCCCUAGACAACCAGGUGAGGGGGAGUUCCUUACUAAUUUGUGACCUUAAUUCGUCAAUCAAGUACAAGGAAGGAGCGACAACCCGCCGACACUCGGCCCGACGUGGAAUGAGUUUGACACCUGUGCUUUACACCCAUUAAUUCUCAAGACUUAUCCUUCAAAUUACCGCAGUGUUCAGUGAGACUAAAGAGCAGCCUCCCUCCCUAGACCUCAGGAGAGUUGAGUCCAGCAGACCUCUCCACUCUGGCUCCUAUGACUGGUGCUGUGUGAUUGUUCUAUUUCCUCCACAACUCCCCAUCGAUCCAGCCCUGUUGACCACAUUCUGACUCACAUGAUUGAUCAAAUAAUCAAUGGAGAGGCUCUCAGAUCGCCAAACCUCCUCAAUCUUUAUUUUUCUUUCUGUGAAAAGCUCGAAGAGAUCGGCUUUCUUUUCUUUCUCUUCAGCUUUCUCUUCUUCUCUCUCUCUUUCUUCCUGUUCUCAGUAGACUGGGUUGUCAUUUUCUUCACCAAGGUUAUUUCCUAAUGGUGUUAUAAGACAACUAAUUGUCUUUGUUUGUAGUCGUGAGGAGUGGUAAGCUGAUAUGCUCCCCCAGUACAAUCCCAUUCUACUAGAUGAAGACAUGUCUCUCAGUCUCACAAUAUAACAUCCUCACACUACAUUUUCCGGCUGCGCGGCCUAUCACGACUAAAUUCUUCUUAGUAAUAGUAUAUUUAUAAUGGCAUAUGGAGCUGUGAUGGGGGAAUGUCUCUCUGAUAAGUGAAGAGAUUGGUUUAGCUUUUUGGCGAGCGCUCCGGUGUGAAAUUGUUUAAUGGCGCCCACCGGGCAGUGUGUUGUGUUAUUAUUGUUUGUUAUUAUUAUAGGGAAUUGGACAUUUGUCUGAGGGGGAGCUUCUCACUGCAUGUCCUCACUGCGUCUGGGGGGGGGGGGGGGGGGGGCAUUGGGACUACAAGAAGUCGUUUAGGAAGAAAUGGGUGUAUAUAAAAGACAAUAGGUAGAAGGAUAUUAUAGAAUGGAACGGUCCAUUCAGGGGGAGAGGAAGCAUCUCUGCAUGAUUCCACUAACAGAUCAACGGGCCUCCCAAGUCCGGACAAACUCCUCCCCCAACCUCCUCCCCCAUAUUGACAAUCCUCAGUUUCCAUCUUGCAGGCUCUCCUGAAAACAAAUUUGACAAGAGUUUUUCUGUCCCAGGUAUUGUUUUUAAUUCCCCAUGCCGGGUCCCCAUGAGGGAGGCACGAUAGGAGGGGACGGCGUGAGAACCAAUCCAAGCAAGACCUGCUUUGUGUGUGUGUGUGUGUGGGAAGGUAUAGGUACGUGUGUGAGGGUGUGAGGGUGGGGGGAGUGCAUUGUGUAUGUGUAUGUGUGUGUGUGCGUGAGUAUGCUGUAUGUGUGUGUGUCUAUGCAUGUGUGUAUGCAGCCAUGCAUGUCUUUGUGUACAUGUGUGUGCUGCUUCCCCCUCUGCAGUAUCACAACACUACCUCAAUAACCUUCACUGCUUCCCCCUCUGCAGUAUCACAAUACUACCUCAAUAACCUUCACUGCUUCCCCCUCUGCAGUAUCACAACACUACCUCAAUGAUCUUCACUGCUUCCCCCUCUGCAGUAUCACAAUACUACCACAAUAACCUUCACUGCUUCCCCCUCUGCAGUAUCACAAUACUAACUCAAUAACCUUCACUGCUUCCCCCUCUGCAGUAUCACAACACUACCUCAAUAACUUUCACUGCUUCCCCCUCUGCAGUAUCACAAUACUACCUCAAUAACCUUCACUGCUCCCCCCUCUGCAGUAUCACAACACUACCUCAAUUAUCUUCACUGCUUCCCCCUCUGCAGUAUCACAACACUACCUCAAUAACCUUCAAUGCUUCCCCCUCUGCAGUAUCAAAAUACUACCUCAAUAACCUUCACUGCUUCCCCCUCUGCAGUAUCACAAUACUACCUCAAUAACCUUCACUGCUUCCCCCUCUGCAGUAUCACAACACUACCUCAAUAAUCUUCACUGCUUCCCCCUCUACAGUAUCACAAUACUACCUCAAUAACCUUCACUGCUUCCCCCUCUGCAGUAUCACAAUACUACCUCAAUAACCUUCACUGCUUCCCCCUCUGCAGUAUCACAACACUACCUCAAUAAUCUUCACUGCUUCCCCCUCUACAGUAUCACAAUACUACCUCAAUAACCUUCACUGCUUCCCCCUCUGCAGUAUCACAAUACUACCUCAAUAUCCACUGCUUCCCCCUCUGCAGUAUCACAAUACUACCUCAAUAACCUUCACUGCUUCCCCCUCUGCAGUAUCACAACACUACCUCAAUAAUCUUCACUGCUUCCCCCUCUACAGUAUCACAAUACUACCUCAAUAACCUUCACUGCUUCCCCCUCUGCAGUAUCACAAUACUACCUCAAUAACCUUCACUGCUUCCCCCUCUGCAGUAUCAAAAUACUACCUCAAUAACCUUCACUGCUUCCCCCUCUGCAGUAUCACAAUACUACCUCAAUAACCUUCACUGCUUCCCCCUCUGCAGUAUCACAACACUACCUCAAUAAUCUUCACUGCUUCCCCCUCUACAGUAUCACAAUACUACCUCAAUAACCUUCACUGCUUCCCCCUCUGCAGUAUCACAAUACUACCUCAAUAACCUUCACUGCUUCCCCCUCUGCAGUAUCACAACACUACCUCAAUAAUCUUCACUGCUUCCCCCUCUACAGUAUCACAAUACUACCUCAAUAACCUUCACUGCUUCCCCCUCUGCAGUAUCACAAUACUACCUCAAUAUCCACUGCUUCCCCCUCUGCAGUAUCACAAUACUACCUCAAUAACCACUGCUUCCCCCUCUGCAGUAUCACAAUACUACCUCAAUAACCACUGCUUCCCCCUCUGCAGUAUCACAAUACUACCUCAAUAACCACUGCUUCCCCCUCUGCAUUAUCACAAUACUACCUCAAUAACCACUGCUUCCCCCUCUGCAGUAUCACAAUACUACCUCAAUAACCACUGCUUCCCCCUCUGCAGUAUCACAAUACUACCUCGAUAACCUUCACCUUCACUGUAGGAGCUCCGAUGUUCUGGAAUCCCUCCACUCCCCAAAGCCCUUAUCUACUACACUGGGCUCCACACAGAGACAGACCUGGGAGGAUUGGGAAAUAGGGGCAAUCUCAUCUUACUCUGGUUCUCCAAGUUCAUCCUUUCUUUCUUCUCCUUUUUUCCAAUUCCCUCUCUCCUCUUUCUUGGGUUUGUUUACGCUGGCCCAACUGGAGACUCAGUUUAUUUGCAUGUUGAUAGAAACAUGUACAGUACAGAGAGAAAACAAUAGGAGGCUUUGUAUUUCCUGGAGAUUUCUGAUGCCAAAGUUAUUCUCCUCACCCCUCCUAGGACGUGUUUCAUCAUCCGCCCGGUGAUUGCUGCUUUGUUAGUCUAUUUGUGAUUGGAAUAGGAGAUGACAGUGGCCGACGCCAGGCGGGAACAACACCGAAACAGUGACACAUUCUUAUAUAAGCUCAAUUGCAGCAGACAAAAGAAUAUCACCUCCUUGUUUGUUUUCCACAAUAUAUUUUAUUUUCAUUAUAAUGUGAGGGAAUACAGUGGUGGAGUUUCUCUAGAGUGGUGGGGUGGCAUAUUUGGUAUGUCUUUGGGGUGGCAUAUCUCUUGGAGGUGGUGUGGUGUUGUAUCUCGAGUGGGUGUGGUGGUGUGGUUUCUCUUGGAGGGUGCGGUGGUUGGAUUUCUCUUUAGGAUGCUGUGGUGGGGUAUCGCCUGAGGGUGCAAUGGUGUGGUAUCUCUAGCUGAGACUGAAAGUCCAGCUGAAUGGGGUAGCGGUGGUGUGGUCUCUCUUGGAGGGUGCGGUGGUGUGGUUUCUCCUGCCCUAGCUAGUUCCCAGUAAUGACAAUAACAGGCGGUUCAGCAGGGGGCUUAGCGCUGGUCGAUGGUGGAGAGCACUCAGCGUGGGGGCCGGCGGCCCGCCACAGAUGAAAGAGGAAGUAGUUCCUCAGCUAGCAGCGGUAAUCACACCCAUUGAUCGAGAGGGCCCGGCGAAGGCCCCCGAUCCGCUCUCUAUCAAAGAGCAGAGUGGGUGAUUAAUUUCCCUCCCUUUCUUUUCCCUCUAUCUCUUCUUGUCCUCUCUCUUGCCACUAAGACUUGUUCUCACACUUGUUCUACUUCUCGGUAUCACUACUUUGUAUCCUGGGAAUCUCAUGCUGGCCUCAAAGGAAGGAUUCCAGGAACUCCAGAUCUGUUUCACUGUAGCCCCUCGCCUUCUCUCCUCACUGUCCAGACAAACAUGGCUCCUUCAGAACCGGUGUGUGUGUGACGCAGGUUGACGUUCACUGUCAUGGAUCUUGCCCUGGAGGCAGAACUGAGUGAUUUUCACUAAAUGGGCCAGCUAGAAAGUCAAAAUUGGCUUUAUUUUAAAUAUUCAUGAAAACUAAAAUUUGCUUUUUGGUGUUAAUUUGAGGUUAGGGUUAGGCAUUAGGGUUAGCAGUGUGGUUAAUGUUAGGGUUAGGUUUAAAAUCAGAUUUUAAGACUUUGUGGCUGCGCCAAUCAGUGACCACUCUACAGAGCUGCCUCCAGGGCAAGAUUCAUGACAAUAAAUGCCAACCUGAGUGUGUGACAUCAAUCGAGUGUACAAAAAGAGAGCGUGACAUCGAUUCUCUAUGUGAUAGUGAUCACUGUAUCUAGUGGAAAAGGUCAUUCUGUGCAGGCUGGAUAUAAAUCUGUCUUUCUCCCUAUAGUGACUUAACCCAUCUUUACCUUUGCCCCCUCACAGAGUGGCGCCAGGGCAGAGGUCAGCGUACGAUCCUGAUGGAUGAAGACCUCUCCACCAAGAUCGAGAGUGACUGGAAGAGACUCAACAUGCUUACUCACUACCAGGUACAUGCAUCAAAAUCAAGAACACACAUAUCUACAUUCUGACUUAUUACCAGGUACAUGCAUCACUAUCUAGAACACACAUAUCUAUACUACCAGGUACAUGCAUCACUAUCUAGAACACACAUAUCUAUACUACCAGGUACAUGCAUCACUAUCUAGAACACACAUAUCUAUACUACCAGGUACAUGCAUCACUAUCUAGAACACACAUAUCUAUACUACCAGGUACAUGCAUCACUAUCUAGAACACACAUAUCUAUACUACCAGGUACAUGCAUCACUAUCUAGAACAUAUAUAUGCUACCAGGUACAUGUAUCACUAUCUAGAACACACAUAUCUAUACUACCAGGUACAUGCAUCACUAUCUAGAACACACAUAUCUAUACUACAAGAUACAUGCAUAUCUACAGGUGGAGUCAUACCCAAGUUCACUCAGGACGGAGAGGGUAUACCCUAGAAGUAUAAUUAAUUGUAUUUCUAUAGGUUACACUGAUUUAUAGGGGAGAGGAUUGAAGAUAACUCCCAAUACGCUGUACCGAAGGGACUGGUCAUUUGCUAGCAUACCAACAAAGUAUGUUUGAGACAAGCAAAACUGAUGAAUGAAAUGAACUGUAGUUUGUUUUCCCCUCCAGUUUGUAUUUGCAAUAUCCAAACUAAACUAUUCCCUCUCAUAGUGUAUAGUACAGCGUGGUGCAUCAUGUUUCCAUGUAAAUAUUAUGCUGCAGUGUUCAGUUUGAGGUAAACCCAUGGUCCAGAUUAGUCUCUAAUCAUUAGAGUAUCCACUUCCAGGUAAAUACAUGUUUGAGAUGAUUGACUUCCAGGUACUACCAUAAUGUUGACGGUACACUAGAUAAAUUCAUAUUGCACACCCACACACAGGUAAACUCACUCCACUCGAGUGUCAUUCCAUUUCAGGGUAAACAUUUUCAGCUAAUCAGCCAGUCAAAAUACUGGCCCAACCUCAUAAAUGUUUCAUCAAAUAGAUUACCCUGUAAAGGUCUCUUUGUAAAACACACACACAACACUCACGGCUCUUUCUCAUAUAGACCUCCUGAUCUCAUCAGACAGAGCCGGAGGGAGAUUUGUGUUUUGAGUUUGUUUAUUUGUUUAACUGAUUCUAUCUGUACCGCCUGCCUCACCAUAUCUCCCUCUCUUCUCCUCCCUCUCCUCCCACCUCCCUCGCUUCUCCAGCCUUCUGAGUUCAUCAGUCACUCUCUUUGUUGUUUCUGUUUACAAACGCCGCCGUUCGACAGACAAACACCUUCACCCACUACCACAUUGAUUUCCUCCCAAACACUGAAGGAAACAGAAACUCAUUAAAAAUCGGACUUUGAUUAGAACUCCUCAAGUCAGAGUUGACGGUAGGAAAGCACCUAAACUAAUAUAACAAGAGUAAAAGUUCGAAAGAGACUAGAGAGGCUUCACAACAUUUACAUUACAUUUUAGUCAUUUAGCAGACGCUCUUAUCCAGAGCGACUUACAGGAGCAAUUAGGGUUAAGUGCCUUGCUCAAGGGCACAUUUACGUCAUUUAGCAGACGCUCUUAUCCAGAGCGACUUACAAAUUGGUGCAUUCACCCUAUAGCCAGUGGGAUAACCACUUUACACUUUUUUUUUUGGGGGGGGGGGUAGAAGGAUUACUUUAUCCUAUCCCAGGUAUUCCUUAAAGAGGUGGGGUUUCAAAUGUCUCCGGAAGGUGGUGAGUGACUCCGCUGUCCUGGCGUCGUGAGGGAGCUUGUUCCACCAUUGGGGUGCCAGAGCAGCGAACAGUUUUGACUGGGCUGAGCGGGAACUAUGCUUCCGCAGAGGAAGGGGAGCCAGCAGGCCAGAGGUGGAUGAACGCAAUGCCCUCGUUUGGGUGUAGGGACUGAUCAGAGCCCGAAGGUACGGAGGUGCCGUUCCCCUCACUGCUCCAUAGGCAAGCACCAUGGUCUUGUAACGGAUGCGAGCUUCAACUGGAAGCCAGUGGAGUGUGCGGAGGAGGGGGGUGACGUGAGAGAACUUGGGAAGGUUGAACACCAGACUGUCAGGUUGUGUCUACGUACACAACCUGACAGUAUUGCACACGUGUUGUGUUCAAUCAUGUUGGUUUAUGUUGUUGAUGUGUAGGACUGAUGAUGCCGUCGGAUCAGUCAGGCAGAAUGUUUUUCAGAGUCGUGUAUCAGUCCGUUUCAAUAAUGUCUGAUGGCCGCAGACAAAGGGAACAGGAAGAAGAAGGAGAAUCCUGUUUUAGCUGGCUUAAAAAGCCUCUGUGUAGCUACUGAAUGAACACACACAUUAUUUUACACUUCUAAAUGGACUACAGUGGCUUGGGAAAGUAUUCACCCCCCUUGGCAUUUUUCCUAUUUUGUUGCCUUACAACCUGAUUUUUGGGGGGGUUGUUUCAUUUGAUUUACACAACAUGCCUACCACUUUGAAGAUGCAAAAUAUUUUUUCUUGUGAAACAAUCAAGAAAUAAGACACUAAAACAGAAAACUUGAGCGUGCAUAACUAUUCACCCCCCCAAAGUCAAUACUUUGUAGAGCCAAUUUUUGCAGCAAUUACAGCUGCAAGUCUCUUGGGGUAUGUCUCUAUAAGCUUGGCACAUCUAGCCACUGGGAUUUUUGCCCAUUCUUCAAGGCAAAACUGCUCCAGCUCCUUCAAGUUGGAUGGGUUCCGCUGGUGUACAGCAAUCUUUAAGUCAUACCACAGUUUCUCAAUUGGAUUGAGGUCUGGGCUUUGACUAGGCCAUUCCAAGACAUUUAAAUGUUUCCCCUUAAACAUUUUAGUCAUUUAGCAGACGCUCUUAUCCAGAGAGACUUACAGUUAGUGAAUACAUAUUUUUUUAUACUGCCCCCCCGUGGGAAACGAACCCACAACCCUGGCGUUGCAAACGCCAUGCUCUAUCAACUGAGCUACAUCCCUGCCGGCCAUUCCCUCCCCUACCCUGGACAACGCUGGGCCAAUUGUGCGCCGCCCAUGAGUCUCCCGGUCGCGGCCGGCUGCGACAGAGCCUGGAUUCGAACCAGGAUCUCUAGUGGCACAGUUAGCACUGCGAUGCAGUGCCUUAGACCACUGCGCCACUCAGGAGCCCUUAAACCACUUGAGUGUUGCUUAAGCAGUAUGCUUAGGGUCAUUGUCCUGCUGGAAGGUGAACCUCUGUCCCAGUCUCAAAUCUCUGGAAGACUGAAACAGGUUUCCCUCAAGAAUGUCCCUGUAUUUAGCGCCAUCCAUCAUUCCUUCAAUUCUGACCAGUUUCCCAGUCCCUGCCGAUGAAAAACAUCCCCACAGCAUGAUGCUGCCACCACCAUGCUUCACUGUGGGGAUGGUGUUCUCGGGGUGAUGAGAGGUGUUGGGUUUGCGCCAGACAUAGCGUUUUCCUUGAUGGCCAAAAAGCUUAAUUUUAGUCUCAUCUGACCAGAGUACCUUUUUCCAUAUGUUUUGGGAGUCUCCCACAUGCCUUUUGGCGAACACCAAACGUGUUUGCUUAUUUUAUUCUUUAAGCAAUGGCUUUUUUUCUGGCCACUCUUCCGUAAAGCCCAGCUCUGUGGAGUGUACGGCUUAAAGUUGUCCUAUGGACAGAUACUCCAAUCUCCGCUGUGUAGCUUUGCAGCUCCUUCAGGGUUCUCUUUGGUCUUGCUGAUUAAUGCACUCCUUGCCUGGUCCGUGAGUUUUGGUGGGCGGCCCUCUCUUGGCAGGUUUGUUGUGGUGCCAUAUUCUUUCCAUUUUUUAAUAAUGGAUUUAAUGGUUCAAAGUUUCGGAUAUUUUUUUAUAACCCAACCCUGAUCUGUACUUCUCCACAACUUUGUCCCUGACCUGUUUGGAGAGCUCCUUGGUCUUCAUGGUUCUGCUUGCUUGGUGGUGCCCCUUGCUUAGUGGUGUUGCAGACUCUGGGGCCAUUCAGAACAGGUGUACAGUUGAAGUCGGAAGUUUACAUACCCUUAGGUUGAAGUCAUUAAAACUAUUUUUUCAACCACUCCACAAAUAUCUUGUUAACAAACUAUAGUUUUGGCAAGUCGGUUAGGACAUUUACUUUGUGCAUGACACAAGUAAUCUUUCCAACAAUUGUUUACAGACAGAUUAUUUCACUUAUAAUUCACUGUAUCACAAUUCCAGUGGGUCAGAAGUUUACAUACACUAAGUUGACUGUGCCUUUAAACAGCUUGGAAAAUUCCAGAAAAUUAUGUCAUGGCUUUAGAAGCUUCUGAUAGGCUAAAUGACAUCAUUUGAGUCAAUUGGAGGUGUACCUGUGGAUGUAUUUCAAGGCCUACCUUCAAACUCAGUGCCUCUUUGCUUGACAUCAUGGGAAAAUCAAAAGAAAUCAGCCAAGACCUCAGAAAAACAAUUGUAGACCUCCACAAGUCUGGUUCAUCCUUGGGAGCAAUUUACAAACGCCUGAAGGUACCACGUUCAUCUGUAACAAACAAUGGUACGCAAGUAUAAACACCAUGGGACCACACAGACGUCAUAUCGCUCAGGAAGGAGACGCGUUCUAUCUCCUCGAGAUGAACGUACUUUGGUGCGAAAAGUGCAAAUCAAUCCCAGAACAACAGCAAAGGACCUUGUGAAAAUGCUGGAGGAAACAGGUACAAAAGUAUCUAUAUCCACAGUAAAACGAGUCCUAUAUCGACAUAACCUGAAAGGCCGCUCAGCAAGGAAGAAGCCACUGCUCCAAAACCGUCAUAAAAAAGCCAGACUACGGUUUGCAACUGCACAUGGGGACAAAGAUCAUACUUUUUGGAGAAAUGUCCUCUGGUCUGAUGAAACAAAAAUAGAACUGUUUGGCCAUAAUGACCAUCGUUAUGUUUGGAGGAAAAAGGGGGUUGCUUGCAAGCCGAAGAACACCAUCCCAACCGUGAAGCACGGGGGUGGCAGCAUCAUGCUGUGGGGGUGCUUUGCUGCAGGAGGGACUGGUGAACUUCACAAAAUAGAUGGCAUCAUGAGGAAGGAAAAUUAUGUGGAUAUAUUGAAGCAACAUCUCAAGACAUCAGUCAGGAAGUUAAAGCUUGGUCGCAAAUGGGUCUUAUAAAUGGACAAUGACCCCAAGCAUACUUCCAAAUGUUGUGGAAAAUUGGCUUAAGGACAACAAAAAGUGAAGGUAUUGGAGUGGUCAUCACAAAGCCCUGACCUCAAUCCUAUAGAAAAUGUGUGGGCAGAACUGAAAAAGUGUGUGCGAGCAAGGAGGCCUACAAACCUGAUUGAGUUACACCAGCUCUGUCAGGAGGAAUGGGCCAAAAUUCACCCAAUUUAUUGUGGGAAGCUUGUGGAAGGCUACCCGAAACGUUUGACCCAAGUUAAACAAUUUAAAGGCAAUGCUACUAAAUACUAAUUGAGUGUAUGUAAACUUCUGACCCACUGGGAAUGUGAUGAAAGAAAUAAAAGCUGAAAGAAAUCAUUCUCUCUACUAUUAUUCUGACAUUUCACAUUCUUAAAAUAAAGUGCUGAUCCUAACUGACCUAACACAGGGAACUUUUACUAGGAUUAAAUGUCAGGAAUUGUGAAAAACUGAGUUUAAAUGUAUUUGGCUAAGGUGUAUGUAAACUUCCGACUUCAACUGUAUAUAUACUGAGAUCAUGUGACACUUAGAUUGCACACAAGUGGACUUUAUUUAACUAAUUAUGUGACUUCUGAAGGUAAUUGGUUGCACCAGAUCUUAUUUAGGGGCUUCAUAGCAAAGGGGGUGAAUACAUAUGCACGCACCACUUUUCCAUUAUUUAUUUUUUAGAAUUUUUUGAAACAAGUAAUUUUUUUCAUUUCACUUCACCAAUUUUGACUAUUUUGUGUAUGUCCAUUACAUGAAAUCCAAAUAAAAAUCCAUUUAAAUUACAGGUUGUAAUGGAAAAACGCCAAGGGGGAUGAAUACUUUUGCAAGGCACUGUAUGUUGAUGUUGUGAGUGAAAGAGCAAGUAGGUUUUAGAUCUCAAAACAGUAAUUUCAGUAAAAAUAUAAAUGCGUGUUGAGUUUGAAAUCACCUACAGUGAGGGAAAAAAGUAUUUGAUCCCCUGCUGAUUUUGUACGUUUGCUCACUGACAAAGAAAUUAUCAGUCUAUAAUUUUAAUGGUAGGUUUAUUUGAACAAUGAGAGACAGAAUAACAACAAAAAAAUUCAGAAAAACUGUCAAAAAUGUUAUAAAUUGAUUUGCAUUUUAAUGAGGGAAAUAAAUCUAAUCUCAGCUUGUUACCUGUAUAAAAGACACCUGUCCACAGAAGCAAUCAAUCAAUCAGAUUCCAAACUCUCCACCAUGGCCAAGACCAAAGAGCUCUCCAAGGAUGUCAGGGACAAAAUUGUAGACCUACACAAGGCUGGAAUGGGCUACAAGACCAUCGCCAAGCAGCUUGGUGAGAAGGUGACAACAGUUGGUGCGAUUAUUCGCAAAUGGAAGAAACACAAAAUAACUGUCAAUCUCCCUCGGCCUGGGUCUCCAUGCAAGAUCUCACCUCGUGGAGUUGCAAUGAUCAUGAGAACGGUGAGGAAUCAGCCCAGAACUACACGGGAGGAUCUUGUCAAUGAUCUCAAGGCAGCUGGUACCAUAGUCACCAAGAAAACAAUUGGUAACACACUACGCCGCGAAGGACUGAAAUCCUGCAGCGCCCGCAAGGUCCCCCUGCUCAAGAAAGCACAUAUACAGGGCCGUCUGAAGUUUGCUAAUGAACAUCUGAAUGAUUCAGAGGAGAACUGGGUGAAAGUGUUGUGGUCAGAUGAGACCAAAAUUGAGCUCUUUGGCAUCAACUCAACUCGCCGUGUUUGGAGGAGGAGGAAUGCUGCCUAUGACCCCAAGAACACCAUCCCCACCGUCAAACAUGGAGGUGGAAACAUUAUGCUUUGGGGGUGUUUUUCUGCUAAGGGGACAGGACAACUUCACCGCAUCAAAGGGACGAUGGACAGGGCCAUGUACCGUCAAAUCUUGGGUGAGAACCUCCUUCCCUCAGCCAGGGCAUUGAAAAUGGGCCGUGGAUGGGUAUUCCAGCAUGACAAUGACCCAAAACACACAGCCAAGGCAACAAAGGAGUGGCUCAAGAAGAAGCACAUUAAGGUCCUGCAGUGGCCUAGCCAGUCUCCAGACCUUAAUCCCAUAGAAAAUCUGUGGAGGGAGCUGAAGGUUCGAGUUGCCAAACAUCAGCCUCGAAACCUUAAUGACUUAGAGAAGAUCUGCAAAGAGGAGUGGAACAAAAUCCCUCCUGAGAUGUGUGCAAACCUGGUGGCCAACUACAAGAAACGUCUGACCUCUGUGAUUGCCAACAAGGGUUUUGCCACCAAGUACUAAGUCAUGUUUUGCAGAGGGGUCAAAUACUUAUUUCAAAUCAAUUUAUAACAUUUUUGGCAUGCGUUUUUCUGUUGUUAUUCUGUCUCUCACUGUUCAAAUAAACCUACCAUUAAAAUUAUAGACUGAUAAUUUCUUUGUCAGUGGGCAAACAUACAAAAUCAGCAGGGGAUCAAAUACUUUUUUCCCUCACUGUAGAAAGGUAGAAAAUAGAUUUUGUGAUUGUUAUCUACAGUACAAUCAGGGUUGCAAAAUUCCGGUAACUUUCCCAAAAUGUCCUGGUUUUCCAGAAAUCCAGGUUGGAGGAUUCCUGGAUUCCCUCGUAAUUCCAAGAAUCUUCCAACUAGGAUUUCUGGAAAACUGGGGAAUUUGGGGAAAUUUACCAGAGUUUUGCAUCCCUAGAUACAAUGUUUUUAGUGUUUGAAUCUUCCCAAUGGUAUCAGCAUUGUAGGAUUACAGCUUUCAUUCAGACAAUAGAAUAUCAUAGUAUAGAAUAGAAAACAUCUUGACUUUCCAAGGAAAGCUAAAUGUUCAUUCAGAAGAAGUGAACUCUGUAUAUUCUAUUUCUAUAACUAUACCACACUCAUUAGACAAACUGAAAAGACCCUUCAUACACCGUUCAGAAAACAUUUGGAAAAUGGCAGUUGUCUCACCCGAAUAUAUCAUUGCUCCUAUCCCCCUGUAGAACCAGCAGUGAUGAUGGUCAGUAGAGAGACUAUUGCUCCUAUCCCCCUGUAGAACCAGCAGUGAUGACUAUCAGUAUAGAGACAAUGGAUUUUGUAGCAUGACUUUCUCCCUCCUCUCCGCCUUAUUGGCUCUGACCCCUGUGACCCCUGUAUUAGACUGGACCUGUCAGAGCACUUCCAGGUCAUUACCGAGGAACAGGGUCUAGCUUCCAGGUCGUUACCGAGGAGCAGGGCCUAGCUUCCAGGUCAUUACCGAGGAGCAGGGCCUCGCAGAGCACUUCCAGGUCAUUACCGAGGAGCAGGGCCUGUCAGAGCACUUCCAGGUCGUUACCGAGGAGCAGGGCCUAGCUUCCAGGUCAUUACCGAGGAGCAGGGCCUGUCAGAGCACUUCCAGGUCAUUACAGAGGAGCAAGGCCUGUCAGAGCACUUCCAGGUCAUUACCGAGGAGCAGGGCCUGUCAGAGCACUUCCAGGUCGUUACCGAGGAGCAGGGCCUGUCAGAGCACUUCCAGGUCGUUACCGAGGAGCAGGGCCUGUCAGAGCACUUCCAGGUCAUUACCGGGGAGCAGGGCCUGACUGACUGGACACCCCAGGAGUAA